AUGUCCCGCUGUACCGCCCCCUCCUCCAUCCCCCCCAUGAAAGACCUCACCACCGACAACAUCACCGAAAACGUCCACAUCGUCAACUCACAAUGCCCCGAUCCCCGUCUUCGCUAUCUCCUGAACCGCAUCACCACCUAUCUCCACGACUUUGCCCGCGAAACCCGUCUCUCCACCGACGAAUGGCAAUCCGGCAUCCAAUUCCUCACUGAGAUCGGCCAAAUCAGCAACGACCUCCGCCACGAGAUGAUUCUUCUAUCUGACACGCUGGGACUGAGUAUGCUGGUUGACUCUAUUAACCAUCCGCGCAUGCAGCCAGCCACGGAGGGGACGGUGUUAGGCCCUUUCCACACGCAUGACGCGCAGAAUGUCGAAAACGGGGCUACACUGCAUAGUGACCCCGACGCGACGCCGUUGUUGGUGGUCUGCUCGAUUCGCGAUUCGGCUGGAAAGGUUAUUCCCAAUGUCAAGGUUGAUGUGUGGGAGGGCGAUUCGAAGGGGUUUUACGAUGUGCAGAAUCCGGAUCGGGCGGGGCCGGAUGGACGAGGUGUUUUGGUGUCUGACACGAAUGGGGAGUUCUUCUUUAAUGCCAUCGUGCCUGUUCCGUAUCCGAUUCCGAUGGAUGGGCCGGUUGGGAAGAUGUUGAGUAAAUUGGGGAGACAUCCGAAUCGGCCGGGACAUGUGCAUUUCAUGCUCGAUAAAGAGGGGUAUGAUUUGUUGAUAACUGCGCUCUACCCCCGCGGUGAUCCGUACGAAACAUCCGAUCCUGUCUUUGGCGUCAAAGAUUCACUCAUUGUCGAUCUGUCGUCUGUGACGGAUCCCAAUAUGGCGGCUCGGUAUGGAGUCGAGCUGGGCACGCGCUUACUGACAUAUGACUUUGUGCUGUUGACGGAUCAGGAAGCUCGUGAUCUACGCAGGAAGAAUGCCAUCGAAGCGAUGGAGAAGCAGAAACGGAAGGUUGUUUUUCAUAAUGGGUUGCCUGUGCCGGCAGAUGAGUGA